CAUGUGUUACAUAAAAGACACUGACUGUGGACGGAUCCGUGUCCAUGUCCAUGUCCAUGUCCAUGCUGUUGUGAGCUGCUUCUUGGAGCACCAGGACCAGGAAAAAAGCAUAACACAGCUUUAUUGAUCUAAAGGUAACCAGCAGCUCCAGCAGUACAGGCUGUUCUACGGAAAGAUGGCGGCUUCCUUGCUGAGGAUAGGACGACUGGGCUGUGUCAAGUGUUUGCAGGCUGAGAGCUGGAGUACUCUGAGUAGAGCACCUGCAGCUGCAGCCCUGAGCACAAAAUCCGGGGGUUCCAAGAAGCCGUCGAAAAAGAACAACUCAGACAAAGACCAGACUAAAACAUACUUCGAUCUAGAGAAACUUGUCCAGCACAAGUCAUAUGAGUUCCCCAAGAAAGGAGUUUCAGCAGCAGCAGCCACUGCAGCAGCAGAAGCUGCAGCUAAACCAGCCGCAGAGCCCACGCCCUCUGCUGCUGCACCCGAGGCUGUGGUAGAAGCUGUCGCCCCAGUGGCUGAAGCCACCCCCGUUGUCGAAGCGCCUCCCGCUGUCGAAGUAGUCUCUGAAUCUGCCUCAGCAGCUGAAGCCGCACCUGUGGUUGAGGCUGUCGCAGAAGCCGUACCUGUGGUCGAGGCUGUCGCAGAAGCUGUACCUGUUGUUGAGGCUGUCGCUGAAGCUGUUGUCGAGGCUGUCGCUGAAGCUGCACCUAUUGUUGAAGCUGUCGCUGAAGCCGUUGCCGAAGCCGUACCAGUGGUUGAAGCUGUCGUUGAAGUGGUUGCCGAAGCUGUGGUUGAAGCUGCGCCUGUGGUUGAAGCUGUCGUUGAAGCGGUUGCCGAAGCUAUACCUGUGGUUGAAGCUGCAGAAUCUGUAGCUGAAGUUGCCGCUGCUCCCGCAGCGGAGGCUCCUGCUGAAGCCGCUGCAGCUGAAGCUGCCGAAGCUCCUGUUGAAGCUGCUGCACCAGAAGCCGCACCAGCAGAACCUGCUGCUGAAGUUCCUGUCGAAGCUGCCCCUGAAGCCCCUGCUGCAGAAGCUGCACCAGUUGUUGAAGCUGCCCCUGCUGAAGCACCUGUAGAAGCUGAAGCUGCCCCUGUAGAAGUUGCUGCAGAGCCUGUAGAGGCUGAAGCUGCCCCUGUAGAAGCUGCUGCAGAGCCUGUAGAGGCUGAAGUUUCUGCCCAAGUAGAAGCUGCUGCAGAGCCUGUAGUGGCUGAAGUUUCUGCCCCCGUGGAGAGCAUCGAGGAGCUGGUGGACCCUGCUCCGGUCCUAGCUGAAGCUGCCCCUGUAGAAGCUGCUGCUGAGGCUGCAGCUGAAGUUUCUGCCCCUGUGGAGAGCACCGAGGAGCUGGUGGACCCCGCUCCGGUCCUAGCUGAAGCUGCAGGAGAGGAGCUGCAGGCGGACGCCCCAGUUGAACCAGUUGAACCGUUUGAGGCUCAAAUGGACCCAAUUCAGAAGCUCUUCUUGGACUCCAUACGCGAGUACUCCUCAAAAAGCCAGGCUACUGGGGGGCUAGUCGAUGCAGGUUCAGAGUACCAAAAGAACUUGGCAGAGGAGGUAACAAAGCUUCAGAGACUCUAUGGUGGUGGAGACAUCGAAGCUUUCCCAGUCUUCAAAUUCACAGGUGAGUCAAGUUCAUCAACUCAGUAACCUGCAAAAUCUUGGAAGUUAUGUUUUCCAUGUGUCUGCACUAUGGCCAUGUAACCAUAGACUGUAUAUCAGAAGUGGACGUAUCACCGUAACAUCACCCGUUGGUCUGUGGACUCCUGCUUCAAGCCUCGAGUUCGGCAUUUUGUUCGUCGCCAUCUUGAUCUUUUACAACCAGAAGUGACACGAGAGGGUGGAGCUAAGUACAACCGAACGCUGAAUAAGACCUUUUUAGACAACCAAAAAGAUUAUAAUUAACUUUGAUGGACUGAAAACACCCUGUGACAGCGGCUGCAAGUGAUUGUGGAUAUUCAUGGUCCCCAGAGGUUGAUUCUUAGUAUUUUUAGUGACCGCCUGACCUGUCUUGUAACACCACCAUCAGGUACACAAGACCUAUUAAUACCUAAUGGGUAGAGUGCCAGGGGGAAACCCUUUUACUCAUAAUCAGCUGUGAGAGGUCUUGUUGUCUGGAUGCUUUGAUCAGGUUUCAGAAAAUGUUAAAUCUGAAUAUUCAUUGACAUUAAGACCAGCAAAAGUAGUGUAAGGGAAUUGGAAAACAUAAAUGUGAGUACAUAAUCAAACCUGCACUGAGUCAAUA